CUCCUGUAGCGGCAGGAGGAGCAGCAGGAGGAGGAGAGCAUGACUGGUCCCUUUGACGUGGAAAUAUUUCCGUAACGAGGCGAUGGAGGAAUAGCAGCACCGUGUAGCUCGAAGCUAUCCCCGCAUUAACCUGAUAUCCAGACGCGGGAUUUAGCCCGGAUCCCCGGACGGGUCUGGGGUUCACGGGAGAAAAACGGACUACAGUCUGUGGACAGACUGAACCCUUUGUAUCCCCCGCCUCCCUCCAUUCAGCUACAAUCAUGAUUAAAGCCAUUUUAAUAUUCAACAACCAUGGGAAACCGAGGCUGUCUAAAUUCUACGAACAUUAUAAUGAAGACACAGAGCAACAGAUCAUCAGGGAAACCUUCCACUUGGUGUCCAAACGAGAUGAGAACGUGUGUAAUUUCCUGGAAGGUGGAAUGUUGAUUGGAGGAUCAGACUACAAGCUGAUCUACAGACACUAUGCCACACUCUACUUUGUGUUCUGUGUGGACUCCUCAGAGAGUGAGCUAGGAAUUUUAGACUUAAUCCAGGUAUUUGUGGAAACGUUGGACAAAUGCUUUGAGAAUGUCUGUGAACUUGACUUAAUUUUCCAUGUAGACAAGGUUCACAACAUUCUUGCAGAGAUGGUGAUGGGCGGCAUGGUCCUGGAGACCAACAUGAAUGAAAUCAUCACACAGGUGGACGCCCAGAACAAGAUGGAGAAAUCUGAGGCGGGUAUUGCAGGAGCGCCUGCUCGUGCCGUGUCAGCUGUAAAGAACAUGAAUCUUCCGGAAAUGCCCAGAAACAUCAACAUUGGUGACAUCAGCAUAAAAGUGCCAAAUUUACCCUCCUUCAAAUAGUGGCAGCGACAGAUCCUGAACCUGCAGAUGUCAGUCAAUGUUUACCGUGAUGCAAUCUGUUUACCAAAACCUCAAAUUAUUUAAAAAAAAUUAUGCUUUCAAAGUAUACCUCCUGAAGGUUCUGUGUGAUUUGGCACUACCUGUUCUGGUGUUUUCUCUUUGUUUUUCCGAUUAAAGAAAAGAAUAUAUAACUUGUUUGUUUGUUUUCUGUUUGAAGGAAAAAUGAAGUAUUUAUUUAUCACUGGUACAUUCCCUCUGCCUCACUCGAGGUUGGCCGUUGCCGUUUAGCUGCUACGGUGCAGAUCUGUGUCAGUUUGGAACUGAAAUGAUUUCACUGAAUCAAGUGUUUAAAGCAGGAAGUGAAGUUUCAGGACAGUCUGAUUGGUUUGGUUAUUCCAGACUAGAGAAUUCAAUCAACAAAGAAAUGAGAUUGAAACCAUUUGUAAUAUCCAAUUGGAACAGGUCUGCUGCAGUAUUGAUAGUCAUACAUUACAGCUUGUUUGUAAAAUCAGCGCUAAUAUAAUAAAGGAUAUUAUGAUAUUGCAGAUGUGUUCUGUGACAGAAAGAUAGAUAUAUAUGCUGAAAUGAUUUUUUUUUCCUUUUCUCUUUGUAUGCAAAAUAUUUUAAAUGAUUUAUCAUGUCUUUUUAAAUACUUCUCUUAAUUUUAUUCUGUGCAUGACUUUUUUUUCUUCUCAUUUUUCAACAUAAUAAACUGUCGAAACUUAA